AUGUUGCCGCCGCCGCACUUUGACAUGACCACCGUGCCCAACGCUCUGCCCGCCAGCCUGCUUCAAACAAAAUCAUCGUCGAACCAACAGGGGACCUCAGAUCAUGACCAGGCUGCCCACAUCCAUUUCAUCCCUCACUCCCAAAAAUCCAUCCGCCUUAACACGAUGCAACUUUCGAACAUGCUGCUUUCCCCGCCGCGGUAUGGCUCUCUUCCGGCCGAUCAACACCAACAUGGCCACCCACAGGGGCGACGGCUGUCUUCUACCCAGCGCGGGCGAGGGAGAGAGCGAGACUCAUUCAUUUUCCCAACACACACGGUGUCCGAAGAUUUACCGCCAGUGGAGACAUCGGUGGUCAAAGAUGACCCUGUCCAUGCGAGUCGUGUACCUCAACAUAUUGCUUUCUCUGUCGACGGUCCUCACAUAGACUUGUCAUUGUCCACCGGAUCUCUUUCAGCCUCGUCCCACGCCUCUAGUUCCGUAGACGCCUUAACAGCGUCGACGAACAGAUUUCCGUCUACACUUUCAUUCUUCGAUUCGGAUGACUCGGAUUCUGGGCGAGAGUCGGACAAUGACACCGAGGUUGGCGGCUACGACGCGACGCCACGGCCGCCCACGUCUUCUUUACCUUUAGUUUCUCCAGCCCCUCCACGUUCGCCUUCAUCCAACUCCGGACCUUCUGGGUUGUCGCUUUUGCUUUCGCGAACGAGGGAGCCAGAUCAACGUGCGCAGAGCGACUUAGAUCACGAUCGUGGCAUUGGGUCGCAUGGGGUACGAGAAUCGCCAACGGAUCUUGAAGGCAACGCGUCCGCGGUCACGUUGACAAAACCAUCACUAACUUCUCCCAACCCCUCGCCUUCCCUAUACACUUCACACGCGUAUGAAGCAAUGCACGUCAAUUCGCCGUUGAAUCCUAGGACACAUGACGAACGUGCUCCUUUGCUUUCAAAGGCCAGCAAUGGUGUGGUUCCCGCAGAACAUUCGAUAUCAGCGUACACGGGGCGGUCUCCUCAUGCGCAGUCGUCUCAGCCUCAGUCUCAUUCACAUUCACACUCUCAUUCACACUCGCCUUUCAAAGGGCAAGGGACAUCUGGCCUCCUAUCUCCCCUGACAGGGGUUAUAUCAAGAACCGUGGCUGCUGGUUGGAGAGAGACCAACAAUGUUGACAAUUGGAGAUCUGCGGUGAAGGCGCUGCCCGCGGUCCUACUAGGAAGUCUGCUCAAUAUUCUCGACGGGGUUAGCUAUGGAAUGAUCAUAUUCCCUGCGUCUUCUGUGUUCGCUGAACACCAGGCGGGUCCAAUGGGGGUCUCGAUGUUCUUCGUAUCGUGUGUGAUAGCGCAGUUGGUGUAUACGUUCGGAGGAAGCGGAUUCGCCGGUGCGAAUGGGAGUAUGAUGAUUGAGGUCGUGCCGUUCUUCCAUAUUCUGGCGACUAGUAUUGCUGAGGAAAUAGGAGAAGAGUAUCCGAGAGAGAUCAUUGCGACUACUUUGGUAGCUUAUGCACUAUCUUCCAUCCUCACCGGACUGGCCUUUUUCCUUCUCGGGGCGCUGAAGUUAGGCGUUGUUAUUGGUUUCUUCCCCAGACAUAUACUCGUUGGCUGUAUAGGAGGUGUAGGCGUCUUUUUGAUACAGACUGGCUUGACGGUCAGCACAAGGCUACCCGACGACGACUUCGCAUUCAACCUGGCAACAUUCAAGUUCUUCUUUCUCGAUUCCCACAACCUGGUCCUAUGGCUAGUGCCGUUGGCGCUUGCGAUGCUGUUGAGACUCCUCACUUACAAGUACACUCAUCAAUUGCUCUUCCCAAUGUAUUUCAUUACCAUACCUAUCUUAUUCUAUGUCGUUGUCGCCGCCGGCCAACUUGACCUAGGUGCGCUGCGGCGUGAUGGCUGGCUAUUCAACAUUGCAACUGAGCACGUUGCAUGGUACAAAUUUUAUACCUAUCUGGAUUUCAACGCUGUUCGCUUUUCUCCUUUAUGGAAUACGUUGCCCACGCAAUUCGCACUGCUCUUUUUCAAUGUGCUUCACCCGCCGCUCAACGUACCCGCCCUAUCGGUGUCUCUAAAUGAGGAUAUUGACACGAACAAGGAACUAGUUGGUCAUGGAUACUCGAACUUACUUGCUGGCCUGGCGGGUACAGUACCGAAUUACCUCGUCUAUGUGAACACACUGCUCUUCUACCGUGUUGGCGGCAGUACACGGAUAGCGGGGUUCUUGUUGGCCGUCGCCACUGCCGCCUUGCUCUUCAUCGGCACUGGUCCGAUUGCAUUCAUACCGGUCAUGGUUGUUGGGGCUCUAAUUCUCGUUCUUGGUCUUGAUCUUGUAAAGGAAGCUGUAUGGGACGCCAGGCAUCGUGCGAGCAGGAACGAAUAUAUCACUAUCAUUAGCAUCAUGGUCUGCAUGACUGUCUGGGAUUUCGUCAUUGGAGUGUUAUUCGGCAUCAUUAUGAGUUGCUUCUUUUUUGUAGUCCAGAAUUCGCAGGUUCCCAGCAUACGCGCCGUGCAUAAUGGGGAGACGGCGAUGUCUUCUGUUAGGCGGCCGAGUUCACAGCGGGAUUACCUACGGGAAGUUUCGAAGCAGACCACAAUCAUGAACCUGCAAGGGUUCCUCUUCUUCGGCACAAUCGUUUCAGUUGAGGAGUGUAUUCGCGAUCUAAUUGAAGGCGCGUCGUGGAAUCGGAACCCGGUUCGCUUCCUCGUGCUUGAUCUAUCCAUGGCUGCGGGCAUAGACAUGUCGGCUGCCGAGGCGUUCGUUCGGGUACAUCGGCUAGUUAUGGCCAAACAUGUCAUCCUGGUGUUCUGUGGAUUCGACAGUCGAUCGGCUAUAGGGCAAGCUUUGGAGACUGUGGAAGUCCUUGGUGCUAAUGGGGUAGAACUAUUCUCAACUUUGAACGACGCGUUGGAGUGGACGGAAAAUGCGUACCUCAGAGCUUGGUUCCGAUCUCAUAAAACGGAAAUCUCUGCGUAUGCUUUGCCUGGUAGACGUGAAGCAGAUAUCCAGUUCGCUGAGUCGUUGGUAAGCUCCCCGAGGAUAUCGCAUCUUCACGAUGCGGGCAACAGGACUAUUGCACAAGCACAGGGCUUCCACCAUGAUGUCAAUGUCGAAGACCACUUGGAACCAUUCAAUACAUUGGUGAAGGCUUUCUCGUCUUACGGCGAAAUAUCCCUAGAACAAUUCCGGCCAAUGCUGUCAUCCCUGCAACGUAUCUCGAUACCUGAUGGGCACGUUCUUUGGAAGCAAAACGACGUUGCCGACGGGCUAUAUAUCGUUGAAUCGGGUGUCCUGCGAGCGCGGUAUGAUUUCGCCGAUUUCACACCAAAUCUGGAGGAGUCGAUGGUGCCUGGCACGCUCGCUGGGGAACUCACCGCUCUUUCCGAUUCUCCUCGGAACGCAACGGUCGUCGCCGAACGACCCUCGGUCCUGUGGAAGCUGAGCAUGCAAGACCUCCGUGCGCUGGAGAAGGAGCAUCCCGCUUUGUUCUGGAAGUUCUGCCAGCUUGUGCUAAAAGUUGCAAAAGUGGAUUAUGAUAUUUUAUUAUCUUCAUUAGCUACAAGGAGAUGA